AUGCCUCGUUACUAUUGUGACUAUUGGGAUACCUAUUUGACCCACGAUUCUCCAUAUGUGAGAAAGCAGCAUAAUUCAGGUUACAAACACAAGGCAAACGUGAGGUCCUACUACCUGCAAUUUGAAGAGCAACAAACACAUAGUUUAAUUGAUCAAAGGAUUAAGGAACAGUUAGGGCAAUCUGCACCUAGCAUGGCUACGUUUACGAAGGCGAGGGUUGCAGCUGCUAAGAUUUUCCGGAUAAUUGAUCACAAGCUUGGAAUUGACAGAAACACUUUAGUCGGUAGCAGUGGCUCUGGCAAGAGUACUGUUGUUUCUCUUAUUGAGAUAUUCUACGAACCAAUUUCAGGACAAGUUAUGCUAGAUGGACAAGACAUUAAAACUUUGAAGCUUAAAUGGCUGAGGCAGCAGAUAGGAAUUGUGAGUCAAGAGCCUGCUUUGUUCGCUACCACGACUCGAGAAAAUAUACUCUUGGGAAGACCUGAUGCAAAACAGGUUGAGAUUGAAGAAGCUGCAAGGGUUGCUAAUGCUCAUUCAUUCAUCGUAAAACUUCCCGAAGGCUAUGAAACCCAGGUAGGAGAAAGAGGACUGCAACUUUCCGGAGGGAAGAAACAAAGAAUAGCGAUAACAAGGGCAAUGCUAAAGAAUCCAGCGAUUCUUCUUCUUGACGAAGCAACAAGUGCGUUGGACUCUGAAUCAGAAAAGCUGGUGCAAGAAGCAUUUGACCGGUUUAUGAUUGGCAGAACAACUCUUGUAAUUGCGCAUCGUCUCUCCAUAAUUCGCAAAGCUGACCUUGUAGCUGUGAUUCAACAAGGAAGUGUUUUUGAAAUUGGAACUCAUGACGAGCUCUUCUCCAAAGGGGAAAAUGGAUUUUAUGCCAAGCUUAUCAGAAUGAAGGAGGCGGCAAAUGAAAGUUCAACAAGCAAUGCCAGAAAAAGUAGUGCAAGGCCUUCAAGUGCUAGGAAUUCUGCCAUUGUCUUACAGAAAAUGUUCAUGUCGGUUUUCUCUGGUAACUUGGAAGCUGCUCAUGCUAAGGCCACACAACUAGCUGGGGAGGCUAUAGCCAAUGUAGCAGGACUGCACAACAACACCACAUAA